AUGAAGAACCAAGAGUUUUUGGGUUCAUCGGAGCUAUCCGAUGGGCAUGAUACGACAGAAAUAUCCACUAGCUCGAAAGCUUCCCAGGCACCGUUAGUAGAAGGCCUCCUGACAGCGCUUGACGAACAGGAGCCGGAGCCGGACCCGGAGCCCCAGCCGGAGCCGGAGCCGGGGACGGAGCCGGGGACGGAGCCGGAGCCCAAGGUGUCGGAGGCAGCCGAUGAGCAAGGCCAGCUAGAGGAGAGCGAGGAGAUCCCCGAGCCCUCCGAGUCCUAUGAGCCAUACAUACUCUGUGAACCCUCUGACCUCCACGUUCACGAUGCUCCCUACGAACCCUACGACAACGACGAACCCUAUGAUCCCUACGAGCCUUACCACUACGAGCCCUACGAGCCCCAGGAGCCCCCAAAGCUCCGUGUGCCCCCUAAAUCCAAGGGCUCCCGCAAGGCCCACAAAGCUGAGCUGCCUCACGGCGCCGCCAUGACGAUCGCUCCGACUCCGGGGACCAGAAACCUGCCGCGGACUUCCCUGACUUACCCGAGCGAUCAAGGUUACUAUGAGUAUGCAAGGACAAGGAAGAGACUCCAAGAACUUUCUAAGCCUAAAAAACAGUGGGGAACCCCAGAUAGAAAGCUGUCUUGGGGAAAUCAAGAUCCUAUUCGCCCUAUUAGCCAUAGUGCUUUGAAGAGUCAGCUGACCAAAAGACUCGAGAGCCUUGCCCAGCCCAAGAAGGUUUCCUUCAGAUAUGUACCUAACAGGGCUCAGUAUUACUACAACUGCGGCAGAGGGUCGGCAGUCUGGGAUAUCUCUUUUCCUGUACUGAUGAGAAGACCUUCCAAAAGGAUCCAGAGGCUGUCACAGCCCAACAGAUUCGGGACAAUACAGCUAAUAAAUAGGUCCCUCAGUGAUUACUUAACAAGAGGUUCUCUUCCAGUCUGUGCUCCUUCUCCCCGGAUAUUACGACUCUCAAUAGCCAAAGGCCUCAGUCCAGACUAUGUUCCUCCAAAAGAUAUUGAAACCAAGAUUUUAGCUCCUGCCCUGCAUGCUGUUGCAACUCCAAGAAUUAUAGACCUUGCCUGUCCAAAGAUCAAGAUAGAGGGUCUGUGCUAUCCAAGAGAAAAAACUGAUGUGCCCAUCCGUCCCAUAACCCAAGCUGCCUUGCUAACUACACCUAGCCCUCGAACAGUAUUUCUAGCUAAGGCCAAAACUCUUCAUCAAGAUUAUAUACCUCACCGUGAUCCCUACUGGCCAGUCUCUUAUGCUGCUACACAUUCCAAAAUAUCUCCCAGAAUUGAAGAACUAGCUAAUCCAAGUGCAAGGACUCCUAUGCACAUUGUGUACUAUGAUCCAGAGGUCUUCAAAGUCAAGCCAGCUGCUCUGAAAGCGCAAUGUUCUCCGAGGGUCCUGGAGUUGGCAGAACCUCUUACACGUUAA